GUGCAGUAGUCUCCGCACAAUCUGCGCGUGUCGCAGCGUGUUGUGGAAACGCGGAGAAUAUCCGGGAUUUUGGCAUUCCAGCCUAGCGCUCAGCUCAGUUGCUCAGUAUACUUUGGUAUAAUUGUGGUGAUUUCGUUAACAUCUCAAGCGUAAACACAUAGAGAAAACAUGGCGGCCGUUGCUGCUGCAAAAGUUCAAGAAGUCAGAGAAAUUACUAGAAUAGAAAGAAUUGGUGCUCAUUCUCAUAUCAGAGGUUUAGGCUUGGAUGAUAGCUUGGAACCUCGCCAUGUUUCGCAGGGCAUGGUUGGUCAGCCUACAGCACGUCGUGCUGCUGGUAUCGUCUUAGAAAUGAUUAAAGAUGGUAAGAUAGCGGGGCGUGCUGUAUUGCUAGCAGGUCAACCCGGCACUGGAAAGACUGCCAUUGCCAUGGCAAUGGCUCAAGCUUUAGGUUUGGAUACUCCGUUUACCUCAAUGGCAGGUUCUGAAAUAUAUUCAUUGGAAAUGAGCAAAACGGAAGCUUUGACUCAGGCUAUCAGAAAAUCUAUCGGGGUCAGAAUCAAAGAAGAAACGGAAAUUAUAGAGGGAGAGGUUGUCGAAAUCCAAGUGGAUAGACCAGCUACAGGAGUUGGUGCUAAAGUUGGUAAAUUGACACUGAAGACGACAGAAAUGGAAACGAUUUACGACUUGGGAAAUAAAAUGAUCGACAGCUUGAUGAAGGAGAAAGUGCAAGCAGGUGACGUGAUAACUAUCGACAAAGCUACGGGUAAAAUUAACAGGCUGGGACGCUCGUUUACCAGAGCUCGCGAUUACGAUGCAACCGGUUCGCAGACUCGCUUCGUACAAUGUCCCGAGGGUGAAUUGCAGAAACGCAAAGAAGUAGUUCACACAGUAACGUUGCACGAAGUCGACGUUAUAAAUAGUAGAACUCAUGGAUUCUUGGCAUUAUUCUCCGGUGACACGGGAGAAAUCAAGUCAGAAGUACGAGAACAAAUAAACGCGAAGGUCGCCGAAUGGCGGGAGGAAGGCAAGGCGGAAAUCGUUCCCGGAGUUCUGUUUAUCGACGAGGUUCACAUGCUGGAUAUCGAAUGUUUUUCAUUCUUAAAUCGAGCACUCGAGAAUGAAAUGGCACCAGUCGUGAUUAUGGCUACAAACAGAGGUAUCACAAGGAUCAGAGGAACAAACUAUAAAAGUCCUCAUGGUAUUCCUAUCGACUUGCUGGAUCGUAUGAUCAUCGUCCCAACGAGUCCGUAUCAGGAAAAGGAAUUGAAAGAAAUUUUGAAAAUUAGGUGCGAAGAAGAGGACUGUGAAAUGGCGGACGAUGCUUUAACGGUACUUACAAGAAUCGCGUUGGAAACGUCGUUGAGAUAUGCGAUUCAAUUAAUUACAACUGCAUCUCUCGUUUGCCGACGAAGAAAGAGUACCGAAGUCAAUAUCGAUGAUGUGAAACGCGUCUAUUCCCUGUUUCUCGAUGAAAAUAGGUCUACACAGUUUUUGAAAGAAUAUCAGGACGAUUUUAUGUUUAACGAAACGCAGGAGGAAGCCAUGGAAAUAUCAUAACGAUAGAUAGGUAAAUAAACGAUUCGUUUUAAUUCUAG